GAGAGAGAGAGAGAGAGACAGAGAGAAAAGGGGAGAGAGAGAGAGAGAGAGAGACAGAGAGAUCCACUGUAAAGACGAUAUAAAGGCGGAAGUGGUGUGUGUGUGCGUGUGUGUGUGUGUGUGUCGCGCGCAGGGAUCAUGUCGGUGCUCGCGCUACAAGAGUACGAAUUUGAGAGGCAGUUCAACGAGGAUGAAGCGAUCCGAUGGAUGCAGGAGAACUGGAAGAAAUCGUUCCUGUUCUCGGCGCUCUACGCAGCCUGCAUUCUGGGCGGCCGGCAUGUGAUGAAGCAGAGGGAGAAGUUCGAACUGAGGAAACCUCUGGUACUCUGGUCGUUAACACUCGCCGUGUUCAGUAUAUUCGGCGCUAUUCGCACGGGGAGCUACAUGACGUACAUCCUGAUGAGUAAAGGCCUGAAGCAGAGUGUGUGUGAUCAGAGUUUCUAUAACGGACCAGUCAGCAAGUUCUGGGCGUACGCCUUCGUGCUGAGUAAAGCGCCGGAGCUCGGUGACACCUUGUUCAUCGUCCUGCGUAAGCAGAAGCUGAUCUUCUUGCACUGGUACCACCACAUCACCGUGCUGCUCUACUCCUGGUACUCGUAUAAAGACAUGGUGGCAGGCGGCGGCUGGUUCAUGACCAUGAACUACCUGGUUCACGCCGUCAUGUACUCGUACUACGCGCUGAAAGCGGCGGGAUUCAGAGUGUCACGCAAGUACGCCAUGUUCAUCACGAUCACUCAGAUCACGCAGAUGCUCAUGGGCUGCGUGGUGAAUUAUCUGGUGUACCAGUGGAUGCAGCAGGGGCACGAGUGUCCAUCACACUUCCAGAACAUCAUCUGGUCCUCGCUCAUGUACCUCAGCUACUUUGUGCUCUUCUGCCAGUUCUUCUUCGAGGCUUACAUCAACAAAACCAAAUCCAAGCACAACACCAAGAAGAUCCAGUAAAAUAAGUACCAAAAGAUGGAGGAAGAAGGAGUUGAGGAAGUAAAAAAAAAGAGGACCAACGUAAUGGGGUUUACAGAACAUAAGUUGAUCUGAAGUUGAUCUACGCUUGUGCAUACUGUACUACUAACACAGAUUACACCUCCCUUCCACUGGGGGGGGCUCUACUGAGCUGCACUGAAAAAUUACUAUUAUUACUAUUAUUAUUAUUAUUAUUAUUAUUAUUAUUAUUAUUAUUAUGAUGAUGAUAAAUGAAAAAGUGUCUACGUGAUGUUUAUGUGCCCAGCACUAUUCCCUAAACUAUAUUAAAGUGUCUAAAUAUAAAUAUAUAGAAGGGAGAAGAUUUAAAAUGAGAUUAAGGGAUCGUGAGUUGAGGGAACAUUCUAGAUUCGUUGUCUAAAUGGUUCGUCUCUGAAGUUAAUGUUAAUUCCGUUACUGUUCUGUUUAUUUUUUUAACAGGUUAGACGAUAGCGUGAACGUAGCAUAGUUUUGUACAAUAGACGCAUCAACGCCGCAGUGUGAUCGUGUGUCCCGUGUUUUUGGCAUCGCAUCCCCAAAAUUCUCUCAGGCUGUCGCGAAGUGUUUAACUCCAUGUGCAUAUCAUUUAGGGACGAAAAGAUGAAAUCCUAAAAGAUAAAAGAUUAGCGAGUCGAACUAAUGAUGCAAAGCUGACGUUUCAAUGCCGAUGAUCAAAUCCAAUGAAAUCGCGAUUAAAAAAAAUUCAUCUUGGAAAUACAAAGACAUUUUGGGUCUCGAUCGCUCAUCCAUGCAGCCAUCUAGCCAUUCAUCCGAGCCCUUACUGCCCAUUAGGGGCCAUGACGUAUUAUUCCCGUGGCUGAAGGUCAGUGUCCAUCAUCCUCUGUUGUGGAAAUUGAGUGCAGAAGAUGGCUGUGGACUCGAGUGUGUGUAAACCUGCACCUUGUCUGUAAUAAACCUGAUGUUGAAUAUUG